UUGAUGUUUUAUAGGCUUUUCCUUUAUACUUCCUUAUUAUCCAACAUUUUCGCUUAUCCAACGCUUUUAUUUUUCAGUGAUUGGUUUGGGGGGGCGCCAAAAUUCUGUUCGCCUACACUUGAAAAAUACCUAGGGCCGGCUCUGUUUGUAACCCAAACAUUACUAGAGUUAAUGACUAACAUUAUCCACCUGAUUUCACUGGGGAGAGGACAAGCCAGUAAAUACCCGAACCAUGCAGGCUGGACCGGCGGCUCUCUCUGUUUAUGCUCUGCGCUUGGGACCAGGAGAAGACAUCCUUUCUACCUUGGUCAAAUUUGUGAAAGACAGGAAGCUAAAAUCUCCCUUUGUAAUGACUUGCGUGGGGAGCAUCAGCAAAGCAACGCUGAGACUAGCAAAUGCCAUAGCUUCCAAUACUAAUAAGAUUGUUCACCUAAAUGAGCGUUUUGAAAUUGUUUCCUUGGUUGGAACUCUGAAUGAAGCUCCUCACCUACAUAUCUGCCUGUCUGACAAGGAUGGCAAGACUAUUGGGGGGCAUGUUGUGAGUGACUUGAUAGUAUUCACCACAGCUGAGAUAGUGGUUGGGGAAUGUGAUGGCCUGUGGUUCAGCCGGGAGAUGGAUGGCAGCACUGGUUUCCCAGAACUUGUGAUUAGUUCUUGCUCUAAAACAGCUUAGCAGUGCCUGUCCUGUAAAUUAUGUGUCCCCUCUGCACCCCAAAGUGGAUGAAAUAAAUGGAGUCGGAGCAUGCUUUCUUGCUCUUAAGCAGACACCUAUUGAUCCAGGCAUAUUUUCACUCAGAGAGAAAGGCAAUUCUUCAGAGCAAGGACAGAAUAAAAUAAUUUCAAGCUAA